AUGCUGACUGCCAGUUUAAUUUUGUUCUUACUAACUGAUAUUCAUUGUUCAAGAAUUAAAUCUGAACUCAAUAAAUUCAGACAAACCGGUUCAAAAACAGGAAUAUUGCUUGUUUACAAAGAGAGGGAUCAAAAAGGUAAUUAUAAACUCAAUUACCGAUCUACAAGGAGUAUAGGUAUAUAUUUAUUAUAUUUGUGGCCAAGAACAAUGUUAUUAUGGACUUCCGGAAAGAGUUCAAUGGAUUACAGGGAUGUGACACAAAUGAUCACUAUCUCUGGGUCGCCAUAA